ACGUAGCAUGUAGAUGCGAGAAGAUCGUAGUUCUACACAUAAAGUCACACCACCUGCCUCUUGAGUCAUUCUUUCGGAGAGUAGUUAAUGAUGCAUGGGAAACUCUUAGCUCUGAUUGCCUUCGUUGGAUUUGCUGCCUUCACCAAGGGCGUGGUGCCCAUAGCGGGACAAGGCAACCUACCUAUGGUUUCAAACAACCUCCGAGUUCCCGUUAACCUUCUCAACUACCUUUUCGGUUUGACUAGUCGCAACAACAACAACGGCAAUGGGCAGAGUGGAAGCAGUGGGAAUAGUCAAAGCCGUGCCAGGAGCGUGACUGGCAAUACCGCUGUUAGCACAGGGUCGGCAGGAGGAAGCGGCGGCACCGGGCAAAGCGCAGCCAUAAGUCGAUCUGGCGGAGGUUUCACACAAGGCAGUGCGUCUGGGGGUGCUCAAUCUGGCAGCAGGCGACAAAACAACGGGAACGGCGAUAAUUUCCGUGACAACGGUAACGGGAAUGGUUUCCGUGACAACGGUAACGGGAAUGGCUUUCGCGACAACGGAAAUGGCAAUGGUUUCCGUGACAACGGAAACGGGAAUGGUAAUAGUUUUGAUAACGGCAACGGGCCGGUACGAGUAAGUGGUGCAAGUAGUCAAAGUAGAGCAAGUGGAGGGACAACUCGUGUUUCUAGCCCCACUCAGAGCCGGGGUGGUACCAGUGGGAGUAGUUUCCGUGAUAACGGUAAUGGCAAUGGUUUCCGUGACAACGGCAAUGGGAAUGGCUUCCGUGACAACGGCAAUGGUAAUGGCCACGACAAUGGUUUUGAUAACGGAAACGGGCCUCUACCAGUAGCUGGCGCAAGCCAAAGUAGAACAAGUGGAGGGACAACUCGUGUUUCUAGUCCCACUCAGAGCCGGGGUGGUACCAGUGGGAGUGGUUUCCGUGACAACGGCAAUGGCAAUGGCUUCCGUGACAACGGCAAUGACAAUGGCUUCCAUGACAACGGAAAUGGGAAUGGCAACGACAAUGGUUUUGAUAACGGCAACGGACCUGUACGAGUAGGUGUUGCAAGCCAAAGCAGAACAAGUGGAGGGACAACUCGUGUAUCCAGCUCCACUCAAAGCCGGGGUGGUACCAGUAGGAGUGGUUUCCGUGACAACGGCAAUGACAAUGGCUUUCAUGACAACGGAAAUGGGAAUGGCAACGACAAUGGUUUUGAUAACGGCAACGGACCUGUACGAGUAAGUGGGACAAGCCAAAGCAGAACAAUUGGAGGGACAACUCGUGUAUCCAGCUCCACUCAAAGCCGGGGUGGUACCAGUGGGAGUGGGUUUCGUGACAACGACAAUGGAAACCAUGACAACGGAAAUGGAAACCAUGACAAUGGUAAUGGUUUCUUCCACUUCGAUAAUGACAAUGGUAGUUCAGUUUUUUACGAGGCAUUCUUGAACUUCUGUCUCUGUAGCUAUGUGCGCCAGUUGUAUCCCUGCUCCAACCGACUGCAGUUCCCAGUAUUAUGUGAGGGUACCGUUGACUGCCCGCCAAGAGGCUACAAAUGUGUUGGUCUGCCUUCUAUGCUGACUGCCAGAGCGGCCGCAGCCUCGGGUAACGCGCCGGCUAGGCCCUGAGUGAGCCAACGUCGACCCAGUGUCGUCCAAUGUAGAUCCAUUGUCAGUGUCUCCUACUAUUUGGCAAUUCGUAAUGAAAUCUUGUUAUCAGAGAAAGGUAUCUUAAGUGAACAUAACUUUAUAAAGGGGCAAAAAAUGAUAUCAUCAAAAAUACCAUGAAAUUCCACGUAAUAUUACGCCAAUUCGCGAUAUUUAUGUUAAAAGCGGGCGAUCCCUCUUAAACCUUGCUUUUAAGAUUAAAGACGAAUCUCUUUUAAAUGCAGCUUUUGUACAUCAUAUAGCCUUAACUGUAUCAGAGAAAUGGUUUUCCGGAAAAUAGUGAAAUAAAUUAUAAUACAUGUAUAUAGGCCAUGCUAUAAUGAAAUAUCUUAUUUAAGUAUAUUAGUCCCCUAGCCCAAGAUGUGUUGAUGAGGUACCUUUUCACAUAGCAAAGCAAAAGAAGUGGACUUGGAAAUUUGAACUUUAUGUUGACAUUGUUCUUAAUCGCAUCAAAUAACCUAUAUUUAUCUAAAUGUCUGGAAUUAUAAAAUAAUAUUUGGUGAUAUAUAUAUCUCAUUUAGACGUAAAUCAUCUGUUAGCUUUUGCAAGUCAAAUAAAUGCAUUGGAUGUUAGUCCGUUCCUGUAUUCCUUUUUACAAA